CUUGAUAUCGGCCCAUCUCUGCCGACCGGUGUCGUUUUCGUCGUCAGUCGUCGUCGUCGUCGACGCUGUCCUACAUGGAGUACCGAUAUGUAUCCAACAGGCCUUCUUUACUUCUUUACUUCCUUUCUUCUUUUACUUCUUUCCUUCCACUUCCUUCCUUCCUUACCUCCGUACCUCCGUACUUCCUUCUCUCCUUCCACUCCAUCGCGCAUCCAACGAGAACAGAAGAAGAAGGAAAAACUCGUUGCGGACUUACGGUGUCGAUGGAAAAGUUCUGCUUCUCCGCCUGGAUCGCCUAUGUGCCAAUGAGCAACUCCCCAGCCAGCAACAGCGGCGGCGGCGGCUGUGGCAUACGUAAGCACGUAUGUGUGUCUAUAUAUGCACAUAUCUGCCUGGCCCCGCCGGCACCAUGGAGUCGUCGACGGGAAGCCGUUCGAACUUCGCCGUUUGGUGAUCCUCAUUCCUUCUGGGUAUUCCUUCAAUUCCCAAUUCCCCAUACAUAUACAUAAACAUCCUCGACCGCCGCCGCUGCAUGCGCUCAGACGAGCAGCCACAAUUCGCAAUCCACAAUCCACAAU